AGUUGACCCGGAAAUAGCUAGCCAGUUGGAGUGGAGCAGUGCCAGCGGCGGUCCUCACCCUGCCUUCUGCUUCUCGUCGCCUGUCACAGCCUUUGAGCAGCGUUCAAGCUCGGACAGACAGCAGUCCAAUCAACGCUGCGGGGGAACUCGUUAGCCGGUCUGGUGGCACUUCCACGCACUGAGAUGCCAGGAAAGUCGCGCUUCAGCAGUAGAGCUCGUCGAGGCUUUCGCUGUGAUUUUUGAGAAGCAUCUCUGUGAAAGAUAGUACAGUUUGUCACCGUUAGCCGGCUGCACAGGUGUGAAAAGUCAGUGUCAUGACUGGAGCUGAGACUGAGGAUGAUAUUCCAUUAGGUGAAAGGAAGACUGUCACAGACUUCUGCUAUCUCCUGGACAAGUCCAAACAACUCUUCAAUGGGCUACGAGACCUUCCUCAAUAUGGACACAAGCAGUGGCAGUCCUACUUUGGACGGACCUUUGACGUUUACACUAAGCUAUGGAAAUUCCAGCAACAACACAGGCAGGUUCUGGACAGUCGGUAUGGACUGAAGAGAUGGCAGAUUGGUGAAGUUGCAUCCAAAAUUGGACAGCUUUAUUACCACUACUACCUUCGUACCUCAGAAACAAGUUACCUGAAUGAGGCCUUUUCAUUCUACUCAGCCAUUCGUCAGCGCUCCUACUACUUCCAGGUCAACAAAGAGGACAGGCCUGAAUUAGUAGUGAAGAAGCUUCGUUAUUAUGCUCGCUACAUAGUCGUCUGUUUACUUUUAAACAAGAUGGACCUUGUCAAAGUUUUGGUGAAGGAGUUAUCUGAGGAAAUUGAAGACUACACACAGCGUUUCAACACAGAGGACCAGUUGGAGUGGAACCUGGUUCUGCAGGAAGUGGCAGCUUUUAUAGAGGCAGAUCCUGUGGUAGUUCUGAACGACAACAAUUCUGUCGUCACCAUCAGCAAUCGGCUGCAGGAGGGAAGUGUGCCUCCACUGGAACAAGGCAUGGUGGUUGGGCAGCUCAUCCUUGCUGACGCACUAAUCAUCGGCAACUGUAACAACCAGGUGAAGUUCAGUGAGUUAACCAUAGAUAUGUUCCGCAUGCUUCAAGCUUUGGAGAGGGAACCAGUAAACCUGGCCACACAGACCUCCAAGCAAGGAACAAUGGAACCCAACGAAAAGCCAGCAAAGAGAGAAAACCCUCACAAGUAUUUGCUGUAUAAGCCAACCUUCAGCCAGCUUUUUACUUUCUUGUCUGCCUCUUUUAAGGAGCUACCUGCUAACAGUGUUCUGCUCAUCUACCUGUCAGCUACUGGAGUCUUCCCUACUGGGCAUUCAGAUUAUGAGGGACCAUAUGAUUUUGGAGGAGUUCUCACGAAUACAAAUCGAGAUGUGGUGAAUGGAGAGACGGUGCAGAAGAGGAAUCAGGCCCAGAAGGAAAUGCAUUGCCUUCAUCCAGGAGACUUAUUCCCUUUCACCCGGAAGCCUCUUUUUGUCAUUGUGGAUUCUUCCAACAGCACGGCCUACAAGAAUUUUACAAAUCUAUUUGGCCAGCCUCUGGUGUGCCUACUAUCACCUACAGUAUAUCCCAAGAGUGUACAAGAUCAGUCUCAGCGUGGGAGUCUCUUCACUCUGUUCCUCUACAGUCCACUCUUGGCUUUCUCCUCCGUGUGUGGCUUAAACAGUGUGCAACGAGGUCUUUGGGAAAGAGCUCAAGAAUUCCUUCGCAAAGUGUACCGUGACAUUGGGCAGAUGCUAACACGAUCGCGGACCAUAGAUCAAGCCUUUUUGCAAUUCUUUGGCGACGAGUUCCUGCGGCUGCUGUUGAUCCGCUUUGUGUUCUGCUCCGCUGCACUGAGACUGCAUAAACUCUUUCGGGAAUCUCAGAGUUUCCCGGAAUCCUAUCCAGAGCUCCCCAAACAGGACACAGUGGAGAGCAGCCUUCUACAGAAGCAUAUUUUGGAGCUGGCGACCAUGCUGGACGUGCAGAGCUUAUUUUGGGAUGAUUCACUGGAAGCCUACUAACAUCUUCACACUGGGCAGUAUGGCGUAUAUGUAAAUACAGACUCCACUGCCAAAGCCCUCAUAGUCAUUUUGUUUUUUAACGGGUAAUGAAAAAAAAAAAAGCCCAACACAUGCAAGUUCAUGUCCUCCAUGUAAGUGUUGUCAUGCAACAGAAAGAUAUUCACAUAGUUUCUUCUCAUAAAUUCCCCAUUUUGACUCUCAUUGGCUUGCCUGGUAAAUAUGAGCAACAUAAGAGUAAAACAAAUGAGAUGCUCCACAUUACCGUUCAACUUACGAGUUCUUGUUUAUCAGCUUCUAACUUUUUUCAUCACAGCAGACUAUCAUCAAGAUGAUAACAGCCUUGGUAGUGUGUUGUAAAAAGAUUUUUCAUCAUUUAUUAACGUAAAGGAACAAAGAAAGGUAACAUUCUUGGCAGCUUUCAUGUGGUUUUUGAUCCACCUGUAAAAAGACAAGCAUGGUAGAGCUAAAAAUGCAUCAGGAAAUGUAACAGUUAUUAUAUGAGCACAUUAUUCACCAAAAAUAUUAUUAGUGCUGGAGUUUUGUGUUUGCCAAACAGCGCUUGGUGUAUCAACUUGUAGCACGCUAAAGGUGCAUGAGGUUUUGUUUCGCCACAUGUUGUGGGUUAGUUGUUCGCUUUCAUAUCAUUAACAAACUAAUUCGGAGACCUUUUUUUUUCAGCCUUGUGUGACGUGAUAGUGCUUCCUUUCCCAUUUCACUGUGCUGUACUUGCAUGCUAAAAAAGGCAAAGACGUGUGUCAGUUAGUUGUUUGCUCCAAAGAGGAUGCUCCACCACACAAAAGCAUUGUAGAUGCUCAGAUGACAUGGAAUGAGAAAGUAAAUGGAAGUAGUGCAUGUGUUGCAUGGGCCUGUACGGUUAAGUUCAGUCAAUCAGUGAAGACAAUCUAGUGAGAGAUCGGAGAGGUGGGGACCUAUCAGAGGUUCAAAUUGUUGUGCUUUCUGAUAACACAGAUCGUUACUUUUAUUACUGAAAUGGCUAGGCAUCUGUUAUCUUCAUGAUGACAGCAUUAACGUGUGGCCUGCCACUUAAUCAGAACAUCCUUAGCUGCUUUCUUAUAAAGCACAAGAAAUACCAGUCGUGCUCCUCUCGCUGUGUCCUUAAGUCAUUGUUGUCACCAUACUGGCUGAUGGCUUUUACUCCUUUAAGCUCAAAGGUGGUUCCAGGCAACUUUGCACCGCAGGAAUUCAGGGCUGCCCCAAAAGUUUACUAUGAAUGCCAAUGAAGGAAACCAAAAUAGUCACUGUUUGUUUAUUUAUAAGGAUCCUAUUUAUCAGGAUUCUAAAAGCAAAACUUACGGCUUUCUGGAUGAGCUUUGUUUCUACCCUUGCCUGUGGCCCCAAGCUGCAGGGAGUGACCUUAGAGAUUAUAGCCCUGACCUGGUAUUAAAUAUAUUAGAGGCUCACCUAAGUGAUCGGGCAUCAGCUUCAAUGCAAUGUGCAACGAAUGAGUUAUUCAGAAGAGCCUCAGAGUACGGCUUCUGCUCCUCCACAUCGAAAGGAACCACGUGAAGUUGUUCCAGCAUUUGACUGGAUGCCUGCUAGGUGAGGUGCAUGUCCUACUGGGAGAAAAAAACCAUGACAGUCCCAGGGCCCGCUGGAGGGUCGAGCUUCCCUGCAAUCUCUGCCGAAACUACGGCCUUCAAAUCCUAGAACCAUAGAUGGAUAUUAGAAUCCCUAUUAGCUGUGUCUUAAAGGAAAGCUAAUCUUAGUGGGGUCCAAACCUACAUUAAUAUCAAAUCCAUAUGAAAACUUGCAUAGUACAGUACUAAAACUUCUUAAAAGCAUACAUAAAUGUAUAAAAAGCAAUUUGACAUAUCUGCGAUCAGUUAUAUUAGUGUCUGUUGCAAAUUUUGCACAUUUGUUUGUGUUUUAAAAGCAUUAGACUGCUACCUAUAGACUUUGGCUUUUGUUGUUGAAAUCUUAGAGUUUAACCAGUGAGUGAGUCCCCAGUAGGUUGUAAGGGCUGCUAAUGCAGUAGGUUUGUUAGCAAUGCUGAAAACUGUAGCAGUUCAGAAUGAAUACUAAAGAGAAGGCUGCACUAGACCAGCCUGCGAGUUCCUGCAGUGGAAAACCGCCUCCCAUUUGCCAUUAAAUGUUUAAUUCUCAAUUCACAAUCUGUCUCUCACAGAGGCUUGGAGGAAUUUUAGCUCAAUUUUACCUCCAACUUAUUGGUAGCUUUCUUUGUUUGAUUAGUUAAUUGUCUUUUAGAGAAAACGUUUGAUGUUUUUGGUCACAUUUUAGUAGAUUUUGAAAAUCCUGAAGGAUUCACAAACUGAAAUGCAUUCAUUGUUGAUUUGGUCUUUUUAUGUGAUUAUUUGUGAAUACAAGUGUAAUAUAUAUAUAAUCACCGACCAGUUCCAUUGAAACCUCUAACAUCUAAGAGGUAUUAGCUAAAAAGUAAAAUUGUCUUUAUAUUCAAACUUUCAGUAUUACAUUGGCUAAUAUGCAUUCCUCAUAUCUUUAAUGUAGCGGGGCAGAUGUAAAAGGUCCAAAGGAUUAUCAGGAACUUAUUAUUCCUGGCAGCAGCAGGGGAAAGUGACUGCACAUGGCUGCUGAAGUUUAACUGCACUUGUUGAAAUGUUGAAAUGAUACAGCAAUGCAAGAAGGAGCUGGUUGAAAUGACUUUUGACUUUUUAGUGUUGAUUUUUUUGUUAUUGCCACCAUUGGAGUGGUGCACACAUGAUGUAUAAUAGUGUUGCGCAGAGAUGUGUUUGUUCAGUAUUUUGCAAGACUAUGUAAUCCAUAAUGAAAUAUGAAGUUAAAGCGAGGAGGAGCAACAUGGUAAAGAGGCCAGUUCGUUCUUUAAACAUUUAUCUCUAGUUACAUUCCAGCUUUCCGAGGAUGUGAAGAGAGGCAGAGGACGAGUGUUUUCUCAGUGUUACAUUUGUCUAUGGAAGUCAGCUGUUUCUACAUUUUAUUUUAUUUUUACCGUAAUGUGUUUCCUGUAUUGACAGUUAUGACAUUUAAAAUAUUGUAGGCUUGCACUUUAUGAAAUUUAAUGUUCUUCUGAUCUUGUUAGUUGUUCUUUAGUCCAGAAAUUGAAAAAUACUUUCAUGUUGUUGUUCUUCAUACCAGCCCUACACACUGGUGACCUUCUUUCUCUCGAAGAGUAAAAGUUACGUGGGUCACUGAUUUUAAACUUUUCAUCUUUUGUCAUAUUUUUAAUAGCAGUUGGCUGUAUUGAGUAGGCAGCAAUAACAUGUCAUUUACAUGUGUGAAAAAGAAUGAGAAAGAUUUCUGUGGUGCUCAAACGUAAUGCUGUUGGUGAGGAUUGCAAUACCAAUGAUGUUUUCUAACACUUUGUAUCAAUGGUACACGGUAAAUCCUCAAACACUGCAUACUGACAAAUUUGUCAGGUACUAUUCCAAAAGUCUUGUUUCUGUGUUGUUGUAAUUUCUUACUGUACAUUCAGUUUUCAGAGCUCAAAAGAUCUCUGAAAAGAUUCAACACUUUGGCCUGCUGACACAAAAUUAGCAUUUUUCUAUUGGAAAAUAACCCCAAACACAAACUGCUGCUGCCCUUUCAUCGGAAUUAUAACGACGAAACCUGAUAAAUAAAAGAAACAAACAACAUAAUUUUGAGCUUCUGUUAACCGUUUGUGGAACUUCUGUUUCUGUUGUUCAUGUUCAAAACAUCACCACAAAUGCAACAUUUGUUAUGUAGCACCACUGGGAUCACUGAUGCAAACAGUGCGUAUUAUUUAAAGUUGCCUCUCACAGAUGUUUCCUGAAAGGGGGGGGGUCAUGUUGCAGUCAAUUUUAUACUACUCUACCCAGCAGCAUAUGAAGCAUGGUGCAAUAACAUGUUUAUAACAUUCUGUAUGAUGGAAAUGGGUCGUGAGUCACAUGAUUUAAUGGCUAUGUGAAGAGUAGAUUGUUAAAACGUUUUUUGGUGCAAUAUUCUCGAGGUAAAUUCACUGCACUUUUUUUUUUUUUUUUUUUUUUUUUUUUUUUAAACAAUAGAACAAAAAAAACCCAUCAGUAGUUCACACAAAAUAACAGCUAUGUUAAAUAAAAUAUCAAGUUGUGUAAACAAUGUACUAAACUUGUAUCACUAAAAUAGCUUCUGUGAACAAAAUAUUAACAAGAUCAUCUUGUAGAUAUGAAUUUGUUUAAGUAAGGUAGCUUGUGAGAAUGAAAUAUUUACAGAAUAUAAAAUUAUGCAAACAACAUGUUGCAAGUUGUGCAAACAAAUUACUAAGAAGGUGGAUUCUGUGAGAAGGAUGGAACUUCUACAGGCAUAAUAUGACCAAGAUGACUCGUGUGGGGCACAUCACUGCGUAAACGAGAGACUGUCACAGUACAUCCUUUACAUCCUUUGGUCAGUGUUUUUAAGAGGAUUUAAAUACUACCAGCAAUGAACAAAAACAAAUGACACAUUAUACACUGCAAGUCGAAAUGUAAAAGCAGUGUGUGUUACAGGCUAAGUAUGCCCUAUGAUUCGGAAACUCGUAGAACCACAUUUAACAACAAUGACUUAAAGUAAUCUGAAAGUCCCAUCACAGCAUUUUAGUCAGGUUGAGGUCUGGACUUUGACUGGGACACAGCACUGAUUCUUUCUUUUUUCAGUUAUUCUGUUGUAGAUUAGCUGCUGUGUUUGGGAUUAUUGUCCUGUUGCUGACUCAAUUUCAUCCAAGCUUUAACUGUCAGACAGAUGGCUUCACAUUUAAAUCUUGAGCAUUUUGAUAUACAGAGCAGUUCAUGCUCCACUCAGUGACCGCAAGGUGCCCAAAUCAUCAUCCCUCCACCACCGUGGUGACAGUUGGUCUGAGGUGUUUGUGCUGGUUUCUUAAAUGGUAAAUGGCCUGUAUUUAUAUAGCGCUUUACUAGUCCCUAAGGACCCCAAAGCGCUUUACAUAUCCAGACAUCCACCCAUUCACACACACAUUCACACUUCACUAAAUGGCGCUCUUGGGUUUGUUGCAGUGUCUCUGAGCAUUGCACGGUCUCACCGUGGGUUGAAUUUGGUGGCACAUGCACUCCUGGAAAGAUUGGCACAUGUCUUGAAUGUUUUCCGCUUGUGAAUAAUCCAUCAAACAGUGGACAACAGAUUGUUUGGAAGUGGCCGUUUAACACUUGCCAGGUUGAUGGGCAGCAACAUUGUCUUGUUAAAGAUCAUUGUUGAUGUCUUUCCUCUUUGGCAUUGUGUUAAUACACCUGAAUGCUCAGGAGCAGCAAACUGCCAAAACUUGAGCUUAUAUAGAGGUGCUCACACUUGGUGAUGAUCAGAUAAUCAAGUGAAUUUGAUUAGCAGUGCCUGGCUGCUGCUUGCCAUCUUAAUUCCUGUUGAAGCAGUUAAAGUGUGCCUAGUUUUUCACACGCUGCUUUUGCAUUUGACACAAAAUUUAAUGUGUUGUGUGUUAUGUUGUUGUUCAUUACUGCAGUGAGUUUAUCAAUGUGUAAUCUGCAGGAUUAUACAGAGGAUAUUACAAUACUACUGUAAACUAAAAUGGAAAUAUAAACCCUGAAAUCCAACUCUAUUCAAACCACAAGACUUUUUCUUUCUCUUCUGCUGUCAUGUUGCUAUUCCUGUCAUAAUUAUCUGACAUGUUGGGUGUUCAAGGACUACAAAUGUUCAGUGUUUUGUGACAUAAAUUUGCCUUAUUUUGAAAAGUUUCACUCUUUUAUUUUGCAGAAUUCACACCAUCAGGUCUCAGCUACAUAAAACACUUUAUAUUUUUGUUGCAACCAUGCCAAUUCAGUCCAUUUCAAAGUAAUCAAAGUGAAAAUGCACAGAAGAUGCAGUGAUUUGUGAAGGCCAGCCAUGGGGGUGAAAUCUGCCUAGGCAGUAUUAGAAUCCAGCAGAGCACAAGAAAUAAACUUGUUUUUGACAUGGACGCACAAAGCCCCAACUCCACGUCAGCAACCUGCUAACGCAGAACACGUCACAAAUAACUGCCAACUGAUCAAUCCUGAUUUCUUCCCCAGAUGUGCAGGGGUCCUUUCUACUGUUUUCUACUUGUAAAAUUGUCCAAAAGAUGGGAGCACCCCUCCUUUAUACCCACAUGUGUCACAUGCUUGUGAUUAUCAGUGUCAAAAUGUCAAAUGUAUUUUAAUAUUUCUUUUAAAAAAAAGAACAGAUGUUUAUCUGUAAGCAGCAUGUUUGUUUAGAGUAGGAGGUGCCAAAGACUGGUGUAUUCUCAUGUUCCCAUCUUAACAAUGAUUAAAAUCAGUUAUUGUAUCAGAUGUUGCUUUUUUCCCCUCUGUGAUGGAGCCAAUAAUGAAAACAAUGUUUGGCUUCAUUAAAGGAGUGUCCUGUGUCACAACAGA